AUGCCCAUGGGCCCCUUUUCCUACCACCACCACUCCGACCUCUGGACCACGCUCGACACAACCACUCCACCACCAUCACACAAACCAAGCCUCCGACCACCACCACACACAACCUCCACCCCGACCACCAUCCACGACAACCUCCAGCCUCCAGCCGACCCACCACACAAAGCCGACCUCCGACCUCCGAGAACGAGAACCAACCCGAGGAGCGAACCUCCAACGACCAACCCAUCAGAGCGACCACACCGUCGCACCUCCACCAUCACACCCAAAUCCACCUCCACCACCACCAUCACACAACCACCUCCUGCUGAAAGACCAGCGACCCACCACCAUCACACAACCACCUCCAACCACCGGCACCACCAUCCACAUCAUAGCGAGGGAACACAGCCCUCCGCGCAACCCCAUCACACACGCAGCGAGCUCCAGCGACGACGCGACUCACGCAUCCACAAGCGCACCUACCGACCCGAUGACCACCACCAUCACACAAGCAACCGUGACACAAGAACACAAAACCACCACCAUCACACAACCACCGCUCCACCACCACACUUCGAAACGAGUUCACUGAACAACCACCUUCCACCACCAAACCACCACACACAUUACGCAACCGGCGAGUCCAGCUACCAUCUCAACCAUCCAUUUGCACAAUCAACCACCUCCACCACCACCCUGACCAAUCGACACAAGCCACCAUCUCACCACCCGACCUCCCACUCACACAACCACCUCCAGCACGUUGCACCCCGACCGAGGCCCAUCACAAACCAACGCGACCCCAUCCACCAUCACAAGCAACAUCUCACCUCCUACCACCAAUCCCACCUUCCGACCACCACCCACCUAGUCACAACAACCACCUCCACCACCACCACCAUCACCAUUACAACCACCUCUCCCAAUGCAUCUGAAAAACAUCCUAGGCCGAUCCCCAAUUCGACACAACCACCUCACCAGCCUUUACCCCAACCACUUCAGCAUCAACCAGCGCCCAUAGCCACAAACGACACCACCAUCGACCACAACCACGCCACCACCACCGACGCAUUCACACGUAUACCAGUCCUCCACCACCACCACCAUCACACAACUCACUAG